AUGGAGGGAAUUCUAAGAUACUUUCAUAUUUUUCCCGCAAAACUGGCGACUUCAAAGUCAAUCUCUUCACCGACGCAGUCAAAAGUCAACCGUACACCAAAGUCCUCGAGGACAUCGAGUUCCAUAACAACACUUUCGCCAAAUAGAGGAUCCUCGAUACAUAAGACGUCACCAAGUCGGAAACUAAUAGGCAGAACCUCUCCCUCCGGGCAGAGCAAAUUAAUAGGCGUAUUUAAGUCUGGUAAAUCAGGUGGCAGAGUCUAUCACGCUAAGAGAGAAGUUCAGAAGCUUAAUGUUAUUGGGAAAGAUUGGAUUGGUCCUGUUGAAGCGACUCCAAAGAAAGCCAAAAAUCAUUUUGACCGAUUUAUUCCUAACCGUGAAGCGAUGGAUGAAGAAUCCACGAGAUUUAAUAUAAACACUCGUCCAUCAAAGUCUCAAGACCUUGAUGACGUUGACAGAGCUUACCAGGAGGAGAUCGCACGCGCUGCCGGGAUUUCACUCGAUAAGCGUAUCCUUGCGUUCAAUGUGGAGCCACCAAAACCCGAUAAACAGGAUAUAAGACUUCUGUAUUCCAAUCCUUCAGUGACCAAAGUUACUAAUUGCAUCAAAAGACGCAUUAUUAGCGCACCUGAACGCAUUCUUGAUGCACCCGGCAUGCAAGAUGAUUACUAUUUAAAUCUAUUGGAUUGGAGCGUUAGGAAUAUGGUAGCAAUUGCAUUGGAUAAGUCCGUCUACGUGUGGGAUGCAGAAACUGGGGAUGUUAGCUCAAUGGCCUCUGUAAGAGACGAUGAAUAUAUUUCCGGAUUAGCGUGGUCACAAGAUGGCGAGUAUCUUGCAAUUGGAACUAGUUAUGGAGAUACUCAGAUAUGGGAUAUUGAGAAGGGAUCAAAAGUUCGGUCUAUGUUUGGACAUUCUGCACGUGUAGGGGUGCUUUCUUGGAAUAAAUAUAUUUUGUCAUCCGGUUGCAGGGACGGAAGUAUUUGGCAUCACGACAUUAGGAUAGCAGAACAUAAAGCUGCCGAAUUGUUAAAUCAUACAAGUGAAGUUUGCGGAUUGAAAUGGCGUAAUGAUGGUGCCCUCCUGGCCAGUGGUGGCAAUGAUAAUAGAAUAAAUGUGUGGGAUGCAAGAUCAAAUCUACCCAAAUGGACAAAGAAUAACCAUCGAGCUGCAGUAAAGGCAGUCGCAUGGUGUCCAUGGCAUGCGAAUAUCCUUGCCACCGGGGGAGGCUCACAUGAUCGUAACAUUCACUUCUGGAAUACUACCCAAGUAGCUCGCAUACGUUCCAUUGACACUGGUUCCCAAGUAACUUCUAUCAUUUGGUCUCGUGAAUACAAGGAAGUUUUAUCGACACACGGAUUUCCUGACAAUCAUAUUACGAUUUGGUCCUAUCCUGAUCUCAAGAAAAUUGUGGAUAUCAGAGCACAUGAAACCCGUGUUCUGCAUUCAGCUAUUAGUCCAGAUGGUCAGAUGGUUGCUACGGCAGCCAGUGACGAGAAUUUGAAAUUUUGGAA